AUGCAUUUGGAUGGUUAUAAUGAGGAAUGGCAUCUUGCUUUUGAAUUCCAGGAUUCUCAACACUAUCAUCUUAAUUCAAUGUUUCAUAGGAGAGGGGGUAUAGAUUUGGAGGAACAAAAAUCACAAGAUCAGAAGAAGCAGGAUAUAUGCAAGGAGCAAG